CUUCUGUCUGCGGAGUCCAUAACAAACAAGUCGCAGAUAAGGGGAUAAGAGCAGCCUUUUACAAGGCAGCGUCUGACAGAGGUUUUCGACAUGAUAUUUCAUUUCCAUGGGACUGUAGGAACACCUUUCAUUCCAGUUGAGUGGCUGUAAUUUGCGGACGAAACACUCGAGCCGUAAACGUUUGCUUUUGAACAUUUUGAGAUAUUGACGCCGAUGCAAGUGGGGACACCGUGUACAUUGGAAUCCUGACCUGCCCACUUCAUUUGCGACGCAAACUUUCACUCAGCAACUAGAGACGCCCUGUAGGGACAUGGCGAGGGCUUCUUCAUCAGUGUCAACAGCAGCACCAACUUCCAACUCAGAGCUCUCACAGCUGGGGGGCAUCAAGGCCUUGAAGUUGAAGGUGGGGCCAGUGCGGAGGAAUCUCUUUGGUCCUGUGGACCAUCAGCAGCUGCAGCAGGACUUCCAGCGGCUGCUCUGCAUGAGUGUGGAUAUGGCCAACAAGCGCUGGAAUUUUGAUUUCCAGACUGAUAUGCCAGGAGAGGGCUCCAACAUCGAGUGGGAGGAGCUCAGGUGCCAGGAUGUGCCAGUAUUUUACCACAGCUGCACGGUGAGGCCAGGGAUGCAGCCUGGAGUCAGGAUGACAGAAGGCAAGAGACAGACACCGUCUUCAUCACCCAAGGGUUCCCCAUUGUCCAGCAGCUCAUCUGGGUCUGGGGAUGAGUACGUGGAAGUGACUACUGCAGGGUGCUACAGGCUGGAACAGUCAGGGAAACGUAGACAAGCCGCCAUCACAGAUUUCUUCAAGGUGAAGAAAAGGAGGCUUCUGUAUUACAAGUCAUCUUCUCGGCAGUAGAAAGGCACUGUGGGACCCAGUGGAGGAUCACUAAGUGGUCCAUAGGUCAUAUCACAUAGAUAUAUGUCAUAUCAUAUGUACAUAUGUAGCAGUUUUUAAGUGAUUGUCUACAAGCUCACACAACAUGAGCGUAAAAAUUCUCUGACACACAAACCGUUAAUUUCCACCACAAUGAAGCUACCAUUUUCCAAGUUCAGACCUUAGAAAUGGUUUUUGUGGAUAACCAUAUAUAUAUAUGUACAGUAUAUAUAUUCUACAUACUAUUUUUGUCAGCUUUUGACUGUACUGUGAAGUUAUUUUUGAUUGCACUCUUUCAGGAAAUAACAGAAAAUGGGCUGUCAUUCUAACCUCAGAUAGUAUUUGACCUCAGUCUUCAGCCUUUUUUUCUCCCACUUGCUAAAAAUUGUAAGAGAUCUUGAUUACUAUUCCAGACCUCACAUCACGCUUAGCCUUUAAGUCUCGCCCCAUGACUCCAAAAGCUCGGGUCAGGCCAGUGGUCACACCCUCAACCAUGACUCCAGGUUAACGGUUAAGUGAUAAGGUAAUGCAGUGAUAGCUGCACAAUAGUGACUUAAAUUAUGAGUAAUACUAAUGAUGUUUCAGUGUAGCUAUUUAUUUAUUCUCUACAAUACUAGGUCAUUGAGUAAAAUAAAAAAUAUAAAAAAAGACCAGAAAUUAAAAUGAGGUAAGAUGAGGUGUGGAACCCUGUGCCACUGUCCCCAAGUUAUGUUUUAGCCUUUGUGGCUCAUAUACACUCCACCAUUGCCACACCAUCAAAACAUAGCAAAUAUGUACAAAUAGGCAAACUAUAUUCUUUUUGCUUUGUAUUUGUAUAAUGUGGUUGUGGUAAGAUCUAUUUUUGGGCAACAGACCAGAACAUACAUUAGCUAUAUGUUUUCAUCAGCUUUAUGUUUUUAAUAAUGUAGCAUUUUCCACUCUGUGUCAUCACGUGAGGUCCAGUUUGAACGGAAUGUAGCGUUUUAUCACUUGCAGCUCAGAGGAAUCAAAACGUUUGGUUCUAUUUUUUACUAAUUUUUAUAUGAAGAGAUGAGCUGCGUCACUUUUUCUUUUUUUCUGCUGUUCAACAAGUUUGACUUGCAUAUAAGUGUAUAUGAAUAUGUUCAUUUGGUGUUUAUCUUGAGGUUGUAAACUGUGGCAGUUUAGGUAUUUGAACCAAAGAGAUAGUGCUGUGCCAUUUAAUUCCAAACACAUUUAUAUAUGUUGCUCAUUGUGUGAUCAGUUAUGGGUCACAGAUCCCAAGCUAAGAUAUUUGAAUGUAUUCCACACAUUGUACUAAAACGAGACAAAAUCUCAGUUUUUAAAAGGCAAGUUUGCAGAUUUUAUGUCAUCCACAACUUGCUCAAUCAACAACUUCAGUGAUUCAGUACCUACGGCUACAUAUCUGCCUGCUACAUACUAUACCACCUAUAUCUCUCUCUAUAUGGUCAUUCUUAAUUUGCAUUUGGAUAAAAUGUCAUAACUUUGAUUAAUCCAUUCUUACUACCUCAUCAAGUGAUUCAGCAACACAAACAAGUUCUAUUAAAAAACUCAAAACCAAUAUAGCUCAGGUUGUUUGCAACUAUAGACAUGAAAGAGAACAUAAGCAAAGAAGGCUGUGGUGGGGAUUAUUUUAUUGUGGCAAAAGUUGUUGAGGUUCAGAGUUUUACAUCAAGUAAGAGUCAGUGUGUCAGAGCAGGGUCCUGCUCCGUACAGAGGAAACUCCGCUCCCUCAGGUGGCAAGCAGCUUUUGUUCUCUCUCUCUCUCUCACUGAUCCUCUUUACUUUGUCAGCUUUCCCAGACAUAGACAGAGCAGCGGAAUAGCAGUGGGGUGAAAAAUAGUCUGACCCCAUAAAAGGUCUUAGUCCGACCACUUCCAGCUCCGCAAAAUAAAAUAAAAAAGACAAGAUGACCGUAUGUAUGUUAAUGCAAUGUUUUUUCAUGGUUUUACAUCACUAUAUUCUCAGUUUUUUUGUUCUGUGUUACUUCUGAAAUGUCUUUGCACUACUUAAAACUGUUGCCAAAAAAAAAACAACAAAAAAAAAACAAUUAGAAACUUGACAAACGUUUUAGCUCCCAUUAGACUUGUCACAUUGUUGAACAGUUUCUAACAUUUAGGGUAUAGGUUAACAUUAUUUUAUUUAAUGUUUUUCUAGCCCUUAUCAUUAUGUAUUUUGGCAAGAAUAUUAAAAAACUUUAAAUAAUUGACAUCAAGACUGAUCUGUUAGCGUUACUGUGCCCAAUAUUUUCAUAACUCACCUGUCUCAGCUACACUGCAGUGUAGUGUUUUUUUGUACUUUAUACAUGAAUGUAGGAUAAUCUUUGUAAACCAACUUUGUUGUAAUUUAAUACUGGAUUAAAUGUCCUUGCAUCAUA